AUGAAAAAGAAGGGUUUAACUCCUGAUAAAGUGACAUUUAAUUUUGUUAUCAAUGGAUUCUAUUUGGAAUGCAAUAUAAGGGCAGCACGGAAUGUUUUAUGUGACAUUUUAGAGAAGGGCUUGGUUCCUAACAUGGUAACUUAUAGUACGCUAAUUGAUGGAUACUGCAAGGGAGGCAAUAUGCAAGAGGCAUUAAGUUUACUAGAUGAGCUUGUUGGAAAAGGCCUUGUUCCAAAUGUAAUUACCUACUCUUCUCUCAUUCAGGGUUUCUGUAAGGAAGGAAGACUAGAAGAUGCCUGCAUGUUAUUUGAAAAAAUGUUACUGAUGGGCUUGAAUCGUGAUCGGUUUACUUACACUACAUUGAUCAAUGGACACUGUAGAGAAGGAAACAUACAGAAGGCAUUUCAGUUACAUAAUGAAAUGAUACAGAAAGGCCUGUCACCAGAUGUAGUCAGUUACAGUGCACUCAUUCAUGGACUUCGCCAGCAAUCUAGGACAAAGGAAGCAAAUCGACUCUUGUUCAGAAUGAUGUAUGAUGAUCUGAUUCCUGAUGAAAUCACUUAUGAUACUUUGGUGGAAUACUGCGUGGAUGAGAAUUUGGAGAGCGAUGUGGCUCUUAUUAAAGGAUUAUGCAUGAAAGGCAAAAUGAUUGAAGCAGAAAAAGUAUUUGAAGCAAUGCUAGAGAAAAACUCAACUCCUAAUGAUGUUGCAUACAAUGUACUGAUCCAUGGACAUUGUAAAGAUGGAAAUAUUCAAAAGGCUUUUGGGAUGUACAAUGAAAUGGUGCAGCUAGGUUUAAUACCUAACAUUCUUACCAUUAAUGUUCUUAUUAAAAGCCUUUGCAAUGAGGGAAUGAUUAAGGAAUCAAGUCAGCUUUUGCGGGGAGUCAUAAAAGAGUGUUUGGCUCCUGAUGUUGUUUCACGAACAGUAAUGAUUGAGCAGAACUUUGAAGGAGGUAACAUGCAGGAAGUCAUAAAAUUUUUGACUGAAAUGGUUGAUGAUUGUCUUCUUCCAAAUGUAGUUAGACCCCUGCUAGAGUAG